AUGAAGAUCUUCCAGGACAUUCGAGCUAUAGUUAGGCCCUCGCAGAUCUGCGCACUGCUGCCACUUUAUAGCGGGGAUGACGAGGAGAACUUCCGACUGGGCAGACUGGGUCGCUGGUACGGACGUCUGGUGGCCCUGGCCAUACUGAUCAGCUCACUGACCUUCGGCGAGGACGUGCUCUUCGCCUCCAGGGAGUACCGACUGGUGGCCAGUGCCCAGGGGAACACGGAGGAGAUCAACAGGACCAUCGAGACGCUUCUCUGCAUCAUCAGUUAUACGAUGAUGGUGCUGUCCAGUGUGCUAAGUGCAUCCCAUCACUGUCGCACCCUGCGAGACAUAGCCAAGAUCGAUGAGUACCUGGUGGCCAAUGGUUUCCGGGAGAACUACAGUUGCCGGAUCCUGAGCAUCCUGGUCAUCUCAGCGGCUUCUGGAGUACUAACUGUAGCUUUCUACUACAUCCAUUUUCGAAGUGGCAUUAGCUCCAAGAAGCAGGCCAUCCUACUCCUGGUCUACUUCCUCCAGUUGCUCUACUCCACUGUUUUUGCCUUAUAUCUGAGGACCAUUCUGAUGACUCUGGCCCAAAGGAUUGGAUUUCUUAACAGAAGACUGAAUACUUUUGGCCUUCAGGACAGUGAUAACGUGGAAAACUGGAGUGAGCUGAGUAAUCUUAUAGAGGUGCUCUGCAAAUUCCGCUACAUCACCGAGAAUAUGAACUCCGUGGCCGGAGUGGCUUUGUUAUUCUACUUCGGGUUCUCCUUUUACACGGUGACCAACCAGAGUUACCUGGCCUUCGCCACCCUGACUGCCGGUUCAUCGAGUUCACAGAGGGAAGUGGCCGAUACCAUGGGGUUAUCGUGUGCCUGGGUUCUGGCCGAGACCAUCACCAUGGCUGUGAUCUGCAGCGCAUGCGACUGCCUGGCCUCCGAGUCGAAUAGUACGGCCCAGAUCCUGGCUCGGGUCUACGGGAAGAGCAAGCAGUUCCAGAACCUCAUCGACAAGUUCCUCACCAAGAGCAUCAAGCAGGACCUGCAGUUCACCGCCUACGGAUUCUUCUCUAUCGACAACUCGACGCUUUUCAAGAUCUUCUCUGCUGUCACCACUUAUUUGGUAAUACUUAUUCAGUUCAAGCAAUUGGAGGACUCCAAGGCGGUUGACCAGGCAUAA